AUGUCAUCUUUCCACGUGUUUGUCCUCCUCGUGAGUGCAGUGCUACUGAUCAACCGUGCUUGCUGUUCAAUCCCUACCGAACAAGUGGUCGCAACGUCUGAUGAUCAAGCUCAGAAAUAUACGACCGCGGACAGUGUGUCAAGUGCCCAUGCGUCCUAUCAAGGUCUAGAGGCACGGGCUGAAGCCUCGGUCGGUUUCUUCAUAAAAUUGGUUGACUGGUUUAACGGGAUCAGGUCCAAAUUUCCUCAGCCCUUCGGACUGUCUCGCCAACCUGUCAUGGCGGAAGUUCGCGAGCCCCCUGUCGUCUCAGGCACGCGCCCAGUCCGGAGACCUGAACCGGACGUUCGAACUGAAAGCAUCGCCAAGGUUAACUUUGUGGGGAAGCUUGGCCAGCCUUCUGUCGAAUCAGGCACGCUUCAUGUCCGGAAUGCUGAUGCUGAGGCUCACCCUGUCACCAACGACAACGGCUUAACCAGUGCGAGUGCUGCCGUGAAAGCUACUUUAGCCGGCCCAUAUCCAGAACUGCACCCACCUGUAACGGGGCACCCUGAAGCUUGUACUGGUGACAGUACAAGCUACUUAUUCUGA